AUGGAUGCACCCCAAAAUAAUUAUUUACGAUGGAUUGAUUCUCGCCGUGAUUUGGUUUUAUUAAACACUGACCUCUUGAUUUCGUAUUAUGUUCUACUUGAUUUAUGGGCAAAAAGUUUAUUACCGGAUUACAUCCCGUACAUUGAACCAGCUAUUGCUAUUCAACAUGACAAAGGUGCUCGAAAUGUUUUUGAAGGCCGCAAACUAGUUUUCCAGACUUACAAAAAGAAGAAUAAAGCAGCCACUAACUUGGCUAAGCUUACUCCCACAAAAGCGAACCCGCUGAAACCUCCUGAUAAAGAUGUAAUCACACUUGACGAUUCUGCCGUUACCGUUGUCGUACCCCCCCUGAAAGUGUGUGAAUCCAAGAUCCCUGUCUCAAUAUCUUCCUCCGACGUCAUUAUCAUUGAUUCCCCAAUGCCUCAAGACCAGGAAGAUGGCUCUGAGUCCAUAAUUGUCGAUUCUGAUGGUGGCAUGGAAGGUGGAAAACUCGAGAAACGGAUUCCGAAGAAACAACGCCGUAAAAGUGUAAACCAAAAAAGUUACAGAAAAAAACUUACGGGCUACGUAGUCAGACAAAUUGGUCUACGAAGAUAUCAUUACAAAAAAGUCGAGGAAAACUGUGAUGGAUACGAAAGGAUGGAGUAUUUGUUGCCUCAAAUACACAAAGAAUUUAUGGGGUAUUGUACUCAACACUCGAGGGAAAACGAAGCUGAAAAAGAAGGUAGCGCUGAAGAGAAUGAAGAGAUCAGUUCCGAUGAGUUUGAGAUGAAAGAUGUGGGAGAGGAAACCAGAAAAGAACAUAUAAAAAAAUGCACCAUGAUUCGAAAAUGCGACUCGCAAUGCCCAUUAGUAACUCCAAGCGAAUUCCAAACAAUGAAAAGCAUUUUUAAAAGAAACGAAAGCAUUGCAAAUAUGUCGGAAUUUGCUCGGAAUAUGAUUACUAUCACUGAUGAGAAUGUGUCUGAAGGCGUAAUUCUCUCCGCCUUCUUAAAGAGAUCGUAUAAUUGUUUCAGUGGAAUUCGAUCGUUAUGUAAAAAAGUUGAAAACAUUGCAAAUACUUCUCAGGCGCUUGUCAAGUUAGAAAUAUCAUUGGAAUCAGGAACAAUUGAAGAACAAGAUGAGGCUCUUGUAAUGCCAGGACUCCAUCUGUCCACCAAAAUUGAUUUUCUCCGAAAAAAACCUAUGGAAAACAAGAGACUGACACAGGUGGAUUUUAUGAGAAGUCAUGGGAAAGAAAUACAAGAAUUUCAUACACAAAUUGGGAAAGAUGAGACGUAUAGUUGUGCAGUUUGCCACAAAUUAUCAUUAGCUGAAAAUCUCAUUAAAUGGGAUUCAAGUAAAAUCCUGGCUUUCUUACCUGAAGGAGCCUCUGAAACACUUCAAGUGGAUGUUUGUCGGCUGUGUAGACUAUCAAUCAGGAACAAUAAAAUGCCUGCCGAUGCAGUUGCGAAUCAGAUGGAUAUAGAUCAAACUCCUGACUGUCUAAAAGAUUUAAAUUGGAUUGAAAAAGCAAUGAUACAAGUCGUACGACCGAUCCAGCCAGUUGUCCAUUUGAAAGAUAAUGGUGGUCGAAAAACACCAAUAAAGGCUGCAGGAGGCGUCAUGGUACUUGUCAAAGUGCCGAUUCAAGCUACUUUUGAUCAUAUAGUUCAAACACUUCCAUCGGCAAAACAUCUAAAGAUCAUAGUUGAUGCUGGUUUUCAAAAAAGAAUAUGUUCCGUACCAAAAAUGAUUAAAGCCCUGAAGUAUCUUAAAAUAAAUAACAGCAAGUAUGCCUCCAUUACAAUUAAUGAAGCCUUUCAUUUGGACAAGACGGAUGCUAUAAUCUUCAAGAGACCGACUAGUGAUCAAUAUGAGAAGUUGGUGGCAAAUAGUGUUGCUGAGGAGUCAACUUUGAUAACAAAAGAUGAUUUAAAUCUCGAACACAUUAAAGACAAUGACAUCCUUGACGAGCCACUGAAUGCAGUGGGGAGAUAUACUUUAAAUAAGUUAAAAUAUAACCCCCAGUCUAUCAGUGAUCUUGAAGACGUCGAGACUUUGGUUUAA